AUGCAAGUUGAGGCGCGUGGGCUAAAUCUAGGCCGCACGUCGUGGCACUAUGACGAAGUAGACGUGCGGCCGCAGCGCGCCCGCCGCAGGCUCGGCGGUGCGCGCGUGUUAGCGACAAAGUUGCGGGUGGAGCCAUGCCCGACUUUUCGAAGGGCACACCGAAACUCCUCCGAGGGCGCGAUACUUCUGAAGCAAAAGAUGAGUGCGGACACAGGAGUGGAGAUCGAGCUGACCUCAGAUUUCAUCGCCAACAACUUUGUCGAACAGUACUACGCCGCGAUACACAAAGACCCGGAGCUCGUCCGCAAGUUUUACGGCGCCGACUCGACGUCGUCGAAGGAAGAGCCCAUUCUGGGCGCCGACCUGAUUCACGAAAAGAUCGUCUCCCUCGGCCUUCAAGGAGGCCUCGCGUGCAUCCAGCACCUGGUCGCGCAGUCGUCGGCGGAAGGCAUCGUCAUCAUGGUGGUGGGCACCUUCGCGCGCGCCAACGAGUCCGUCUGCCACCCCUUCCGCCAGACCUUCAUCCUCGGCAAGAUGAGCCCCGACGACUCGUACGCCUUUUACCUCCGAAACAACAUCUUUGCAUGGGCGGCGGAGAGCGCGCCGCCGGCCGCGACGACGAGCUCUAGUGCGCCGUCGCGGGUGGACCAGCGGCCAAAGGAGUGGUCCUACGGCGUCUUCUGCCGUUCGGUGCACUCGACGAUCCACGACGCUGCCAAGCUGAGCCCCUUCUUCGCGCAGUUCGGAGAGGUCAAGAGCAUCAGCUGCCGCGACCACGGCAGCCGCAGAUGCCGGCUCCGAUGCAACGCCAUGGUCACCUUCACUUCGCAGGCCGCCGCGAGCUUCGCCCUCAAGAGCUUCGAAGAGAAGCCCGAUAUCUUCACCCUCGAGGGCAAGCCGGAUGCCGGAGCCGGCAAGCCGGUGCGGAUCGAGGAGCUGAAAACCUUCACCGAGCGCUACCCAGGCGGGGCUCCGGCCGGUGGCCAUCGCGCGGGCUAG